AUGCUUGUACUCUUCUUCAUUUACGCGAUAGCGGCAUCUACGACUUCAUCGGCAUUUUCGGUGUUUGGCACCGAUGAUACCCCGGCAACCGAAGCGGAUUUAUCCGAUGGAACGGACAUCAAAGUCCGGCAGCCUCUCCUUAAAGCAACAGACUGGUUCCUCACCGAAAAGGAAAUCACCGAUUCGCGAGGCGGCAUCCCACGCAGCGAUUUAGCGGCCUACACGACAGGCAACGCGGUGACAUCCUUCACAGUUACGAAAGAUUUCUACGACUCGGUUUACGAGGACCUGACAAAGACGAAGGAAGGAGAUCGAGUACUACUUUCGGCGUACGCUACAGCCCUGAUCCCAUUAAAACCGGAUAUCGACCCUACAGGCGCUACGACAGGAGUUGGCAAAGUGCUCACGGAUGUUGUGAAGCGCGGAGGUAAUAUCAACAUCCUCAACUGGCAGAAUCUGAAGUACAGAUACUUCAAUCUCAAGGCUCGCGAUGCUAUCAACGCCAUUCCAGUAUCUCCAAUAAAUGGGGCCAAAGCAGUUCUUCUGUUCGACGACCGCCUCCCGACUAUGGUGUCGUCUUACCACCAGAAAACUAUGGUUAUCUUGUCCGACAACGCCUCAGGUAGUGAGGAGCAGCCAGUGGCUUACGUGGGUGGAUUGGAUCUAGCAACCGACCGGUGGGAUACUAUCGACCACAAUAACUCGGCUAUUCGCGAUGCAAGCGGAAUUACGUUUAAGGUCCAAGGGUGGAUUGACGGCCACAUUCGCAUUCACGGGCCUGCAGCGAAAGAUGUGGCGAACAACUUUAUUCCACGGUGGAACUCCGACUACCUGCCUAGCCAAAGUAUUGAGGACGACGUGAUGGACUUCGAGAACCCGUCAUACGAACACAUCCCACAGAUGAAGUACGCCAGUAGCAAUACCACUGGCAAAUUCGGCAAACAGAGUGUCCAGAUCACGAGAACAUUCAGCUGCACCUACAAACACUACAAGGAAUUUGCUCCUCGGGGAGAGAAUUCGCUCUUCCACGCACGUAUCAAGGCCAUCAAGAACGCGAAGAACUUCAUCUUUAUCGAAGACCAGUAUUUUAUUUAUGUACCGGAACUUAUGGACGCUAUCAUGGAAGUCAUGCCCAAGAUCCAGCGCUUGAUUGUUUUUGCCAAUCCUCAAACAAGCCCGUUCUCAAACGCAGGAUAUAUUAAAUACCUGUACGAGAUGGUUUCACCAAUCCGAGAGAAGUUUCCCAACAAGUUCAAGAUCUACACGACCAAGGCAGACCGGAACCUCAUGCUGCACAGUAAAGUCGUGAUCAUUGACGACGUGUAUUUGUCCGUUGGCUCGGCAAACUGGAAUCGUCGAAGUAUGACGUCGGACCCAGAGCUUAACGCGGAGGUUGUUGACGAGGAGACCGUGAAAUCUCCUGAAGGCGUCACUGUAGGGAAACUACCUCGUGAUUAUCGUAUUCGAAAAUUUGUGGAAAUGACGGGAUUGAGCUACGAUGAACUUGAUGCGAUGACGUUUAUCGAGGCGGCAAGCCAAUUAGCGCUAGCGGCUGCUGAUGAAUCAUCGAUACUGGAAAACUUGGAUAUUCAGGAGCACGCUUACUUCUUCGCUAUUACGGAUACGGUCCGAAAGAUUUCGGAUCCACAGGACACUUGCACUUACAGCUCUAGGUAG